ACACUUUGUUGUGACAUGUUGUGACGUGUUUUGAAAUGUUCAGUGGUCAUGAACAGCAUUAAAUAAGGCAGUGUUGUUUUUCAAAUGGAUGCUUUGUUCUGAUUGGUGCAGGUUAUGGUUAUAAUAUGGCAACCAUAGAUGGGGAUGUACAUUCAGAUCCUGACUCUGAACUUCAUGAUCUAAGGCAGAAGGUGAGAAAUUUGGAAGAAGAGUUAACGUCUUGUAAAAGUCAGAUUUACGCUUUGCAGCAAGAACAAAGUCACAGAGAGAGCUGCAAUGAAAAUCUUCGCAAGCAGGUUAAAGAUCUGACUGAAAAAGUCCAAGAAGGAGACAAGGAAGAAAUUGGCACAGUUGAUACUGGAGUUCAGACCGAUGUUUGCAUUUCCCCUCAUUAUAAAGACUAUUUCCAGUAUGGAGCUCUGGAUUUUCAUUACCACUUGAAUAGUGAUCAAAAUGGCAGGAGCGAUUUAUCAAGGUUCGAAAUUCGUGGAGCUUGUGGAAAAGUUCAGAAUGUAAUUGAGGCCUCUACUCAGUUUCAAACACAAGCACGUACAAUCAGUUAUACUGAACAGGCUCACACAGAGAGCCAUCAGUACAUAGAACAGGCUCAAACAGAAAAUGUCCAAGUAGACAGUUACCAGUACAUAGGAUAUCCUGAGAAAUCAACGCACUUGGAUGGAUAUGGAGACCAUUACACUGAAAAUGCAGAGGACUUGGAGAAUACAUCAUUGGCAGACAGUUUGCGUGCUACUGCAGAAGCUGCCAUGUCACAGACAGGCUUCACCUACGAUGAAAGCAGUGGGAUGUAUUACGAUUACAGUACUGGCUACUACUAUGAUUCGGCAAACCAACUCUACUAUGACCCAAACACUGGAAUUUACUAUUAUUAUGACACUGAGAGUGGCCUGUAUCAAUUUCAUUCUCGUGUGGAUCUGCUGUCGUACCCUGCCACUGAAACGGAGAAAAAAGUUAAGAAAAAACGAAAAGGAAUGGCAAAGUUUCUUUCAAAGAAAGAGAAGAAGGACACUGAAGCUGAUGUACCAAAAGCUUCAAGUAUUUGCAGGUGCUGUGACCCAGAACAGAGCAAGAUAUUGUCAGAAGAACCAGCAAACAAACGAAAAAAAACAGUAGUGGAGGAGAUUGAACAGGACUCACUCAAUGAGCAUAAUCCAAAUGAUGGGUCUAUCUUUCAUGAAGAUGAUGUUGAAGCGAAAUUGGAAAAGAAGGAAGAGGUGGGAGUUGGAAGUGAGCCAGAAGAAGGAGAAAUUACAGACUCGGAUAAAAGUGAUCAUCCUACAGAUGAAGAGACAGAAGAGUCAAGUGAAGAUCAAGAUGAAAGUGAGAAAGAGGAUGGUCAGCUGUGGCCUCCAUGUAUUCGUGUGAUGGUGGUGCGAUCACCAGUUCUUGAACCCGGUACACUCUUCAUCAUCACUGCAGUGAAGUCAGCUACAAUUGGAAGAGAGAAGGAUAUGGACCACACAAUUCAAAUUGCUGAAAUUGGUGUUAGUAAGUUUCAUGCUGAAGUAUACUUUGACCAAGAUCUACAGGAAUACAUGUUGGUAGACCAGGGGAGCCAGAAUGGGACUGUGAUCAAUGGGAACAGAAUCCUCAUGCCAAAAAAUAAAUGUGAUCCUCAUAGAUUGGAGCAUGGUGAUGAAGUGAAGUUUGGGGAGACUGUAUUGUCUUUCCAUAUCCAUCCAGGUACUGACACAUGUAAUGGCUGUGAGCCAGGCCAGGUUAAAGCUCACCUGCGUCUCCAUAAAAAAGAAGAAUUGACAGCUAUUCCAGUGAUGAGCAAGCAGGACAAAGAUAAGUUACGACGUCAAGAAUUAAAACAGAUUCAGAUCAAGUAUGGGUUGCAGAAUAGUGCAUAUGAAGGAGGUGAAACAUUAAAGAACUCAAUGUAUAAGGAUCGAGCUGCCAAUCGCAGACAGUUUGUUGGAAGUGAUGGUAUCUAUAGAAGAGAUGAUGCUCCUGCUUCAGUCAAUGUGGAAAUCUGUGACAACAAUAAAGGGAGAAAGAUGUUGGAAAAGAUGGGCUGGAAGAAAGGUGAAGGACUUGGCAAAGAGAGUUGUGGCAUUAAAGAGCCGAUUCAAGUUCAACUUCAUCACUCACAAGCUGGUUUAGGAGCCACUGAACCGCUUUCCAUUGAAGAUGUACAGCUGUCCAGAUCCAAUAAACAGAAAAAUUGGGCCAAAGCUAGAGACAGAUUUUCUGAAACUUUUCAACAAACCACAAAUCAGAAAGCAACACUGAAAACAUUGUGGGUUAAAGGUGCUGUAAGGGAGCAGACUGAAGACAGUGUCACAAGCUGAAUUUUGUAAAUAAUGUUCCAUUUUUGUGAAUUAAUUAUACCAUGAAGGUGCAAGUUUUUAUAUUGUAAAAUAAAAAGCAAAUAUGCGUAUUUA